AAAAAUUUAAAUUAACCUAAAAGUCGAUUUUAUAUUUAGAUCAUAUUGGAUUAUUGAAAAUUUUAUUAAGAUUAAUAUCAAUUCAACUUAAUGUUACAGAUUGCUUUCUAAUCGUUAAUUCUGUUUGAUGCAAAUGUAAUUUUUUGAAGUUUUAUCAUUAUGUCUCUUAUAGCAAAGCUAGUUUUUGGUUCCUCUUGUUUGUUUUCUGUUACAGUUAUCGGUUAUGUGCAUUAUUCACAAGCUUCAGAAAGAGACAAAAUGUAUGAAGGUGUAAUUCGUGAUAAUGAAAGAAGGCAAAGAAAGGCCGAAAAUCUUUACAUAUUGCAAAAGCAACAAGAGUUGACUGAACAGUUGAAGAAAGAGGAAUCUUUGAAAGAAACUUGAUUUUUCCAAACUCAUAUGAUUUAUUGUACAUAUAAUAGUUCUAUUAAAUUAUGAUGAAUUGA